AUGGCAGCCGAUCCAGUCUCGAAUGGUACGGACAUCCUACCUGCGCAGGCACAGGACACCUCUGCGAAUAGCUCUACAUCCACACUUCUCAACCCAACCAACUUCCCCCAAACCCUCAUCACAUCCCACACCCACACCGAACUCUGCUACACGCCCCUCGACAUCCCAGCCGCCCUCGCAUUCACCCGUUCCCCGCUCGCCGGCGCCAACGUCCUCUUUCUCGGCACAACCCGCAACAACUUCGACGACCGGCCCGUCACCCGCCUCUCAUAUUCCGCAUAUCCCGCUCUCGCUCUCAAAUCGCUCUCCGCGAUCGGGGAGGAUGUGAGGAAGAAGCAUGGGCUCGAGAAGGUGUACAUUGCUCACCGCUUGGGAGAGGUUGGGAUCCAAGAGGAGAGUAUUGCUGUUAGUGUGAGCAGUGGGCAUCGGCAGGCUGGGUGGAGGGGUGCGGAAGAGAUUCUGGAGAGGGUCAAGCAGCGAGCGGAGAUUUGGAAGAGGGAGUGGUUUGGGGAUACGGGGGGCGUUGAGGAGGGGGUUUGGCGGGCGAAUAAGGAUCGGGAUGGAACUGGGAAGCCUGUUGAGAGGAACUUGGUUCAGCAAGAAGCACAGGCUCCAUCCGAGCAGGCGGACGGGACGACGCAGGCUACCGGCGGUGAAGCGACGACAUCCAAACAAGCGACAUCAGCUUAUGGCUCGAGCAAAGCUCUUGACAACGAGAUCUCGAAGUACAUGUCCUCCUUGGCCGAGCAACUGAAGAUGUAG